GUGGCGGUCCCAUUAAAACUCGGUGAGUUGUAUGAUUUUGAUGAUUUAUUGGCACGGAACACUCAAGCUAUUUUGUGGAAUACGCCUAUUGACUAAAACUGGAGCUACAUGAGAAUGGAUAAACAUUUGGUAUUAAUUUUUGGAUAGUUGAAACUAUAAUUCGCAGUAUCUAGGACGAGGCGGACCGGCUUUUUUCUUUGCAUAUGAUUAACUUUUAAAGAGCAAGAAUCACGCAAAUUAAGACUUUUGAGCCACACUUGAAAAGUUGAAUUCAUCUGAAUCACCAAAUACCAUCCAAUCAGGCCACUCAAAAGCCCCACGUCAAUUUCUAUGAAACAGUAAAAAAUUUCCACAAAACCAUUUCCGUUUAUUCACAUGGAGAAUGUUUAAAAAUUCUCUCUCAGCAUUGAUAUUUGUUAAAAAUUUUUAAUACUGUGUAGAUUUUCAGGGCGAAUGACUUACACAGCGUAUUAAGCGGCAUUUAUUUAUAUCCACAAAUCUCUUUUCACCUGCUCUGUUGGUGGAAAGAACGACACUGUUAAAGUACGACAAUGAACAACUACUGGUCCAUCAUGGAAUCUCGGAUCUGAAGGGAGCUUUGGCAAUCGCGAUUUUUAUGCUAUCAACAUAAAUAUAUAAUAUCGUAUUCCCGAGUCGCAAGAGAGAGAACUAUAUAUAUAUAUAAUAGAGUUCCUUUUAGACGUGGAAGAUCUCUUGCCUAUAUGCAAUAUGAUCGAAAAUUUAAUAAAACCAGGAAUUAAUUUGACAGAUGGAUCUUUCAGUGUAUUUAUUGUGAGGAAACUGUUCUUCUCUUUCACCACUGCAGUGCUUCUGUGGUCUCUCUACUUGGUUUUGCACCCUCUCUUAUUAGGUACUGAAGAAAGAAAACUUAAUAAAGCUGUUGAUUUGACCAGCGGCGAUGACAAACUGCCGAAAGUUAUUGGUGUGCAAAAUGAGAGUGUAUUAAAAGUUGAUAAUACAGUGCUCACUGAUGACGAUAUUUUAAGCCAGAUAAAGAUAAAACAUCCUAACGUAUUUGUUGCGCACCUUCGCGACAGUGGUCCUCGAUUCAACAAGACGUGUGGAUUAUAUGUGAACCCUUUGGACAUCCAUUACAACAAUAUUUAUUGGCAACAGCAAAAAACGGACAAUGAGUCUUAUAUUCUUUACGGUGCUUACUUCGACGGCAGACCAGCAGCAGGCGGACGGAUUAUUCGAAUUCUCGCCAUGAUUGACAAAAUCAACCUCACAGAAAACGCCAACUGCCUUUUGUGGUUCGGAAAUGAAAAGCCUGCAUUUUCUAAAAUUUCCCACUCGCUAUACAUUUGGAAUACGAAAUGGGGAGCUAAGAACGAGUCUCUUCAUCCCUACGUCCUCAGCUGCUCCAUACCCAAAGAGUACGGCGACCGAGUGCCAGACUCCGUUACGUUGGUCGGUCGUCCCUGCGACCGCGCCACAAACAAUCUCAGGGUGGUGCACAAUCCACUCCAGGAAGAAUAUAAAAAGGAUUUUGUCGUUUGCGUAAAGGCGUUGAAUCUGAAACAUAACGCAUCUUUCGCAAUCCGGCUUGUGGAAUGGAUUGAACUGCUCAGAAUUCUUGGAGCUGACAAAAUCGUCUUUUAUGAAUUACACGUUCACGAAAAUAUCACUCGAGUGUUGGAACACUAUGAGAAAACGUGGAAUGUGGAAAUAAUCAAAGUCACCAUGCCUGGACACUACGCCAAUAUCCCAGAUUUAAUGCCCACCUAUCUAAAGCAUCGUGGUGCCAGCAAGCGCCUCCAGGAAUUGAUUUACUUUACUGACUGUCUCUAUCAAAACAUGUAUCAGUACCAAUACGUCGUUUUGCUUGACGUGGACGAGGUGAUUGUUCCGCGUGGGGAGAUAAAAACGUGGCAGCAGCUCAUAUAUGAUAUAACAUUGCCGGAAGCUGUCGCUGCUAAAAAUAUCACUUACGCUUCUUUCAUCGCUCGCAAUGUUUACUUCAUGGACGAUAAAAAAGAGUUGAACGACUGGUACUUGGAAAUUCCGAAAUACAUGCAUAUGCUGCAGCAUGUCCGCCGAGACAGGAAUUACAUUAAGCCAGGCGGUGGCAUCAAGGCAUUUCACAACACUGACCUCAUUCUUGCACUCCACAACCACUUUGCCCGCGCGUGCAUCGGCAAUCCUAAUCUGAGUUGCCCGAGAUACGAUUUUGAUCUGAAAGACGCACAUUUGCAGCACUAUUGCACCGCAAGGAAAAAUCCUGGAUGUACCUCUCCCCGUAACUUAACUUUGGACACAAAUGUUUGGAGGUUUAAACAUGAAUUAAUUGACGCAGUAAAGGCGACAUUGAAAGAGACAGGAUUUCUUAAGAAAAGCAAUCUAACUCUUUAGGGGAUGUGUGUAUAGUUUUUUUUAAACUCUUUUGCUGGUUUGUGACUGAAGAAAUAAUGGGUUUAAGAUUUGCACGAAUUAUUUAAUUUCAAGCAGUUUCAUUACACGUCAAAUUAAAUUAUUUUGCUUAAAAAAGUAUGUUCUUGGAUUUUUCCCUUUCUUGCAGGGCGGCUAUUCUAGUUUUUCCCAGAAAAUUGUCGAAUUUAAAGCAAUUCAAAAACUGCACACAAAGUUAUUAUAAAAUUAAAUUUAAACUGGUAUUAUAUUGCUACUGUUAUAAUUGAAAUCAGAAUGUUUAACAUUUUUUUUGGCAAAAAAGGUGUAUUUUGUCAUUGUAAGACCUGUGUCGAGUUGAUUAAAAAUUCGGAAUUGUAUCAAUAAAAUAAUGGUUAUUUCCAUAGA